GAAGGGUGCGUCCGAGCCGCCCCAGCGCGCCUCCUCCCGGCCCGACAGCUCACAAGGCCACCACCCACCGCCCCGAAGUCCCGGGAACCGCGGCGCGUCCCCCGGGGCAAGGUCAAAGCGUCGGAUUUUUCAGCUGUGCCGUCGCCACCGCGAUCCAGUCGCUCUCCGAACUCGUGGGCCGGCGCCGGGAUAGAGGAGCAGAUAUAUCCCGACUCGAGCACUCCAGCCCGGGAGCACCCCAGCCCCGGAGCAUCCCCGCCCCGGAGCACCUUCACAGUGGGGGGUCUUCACGACCAGGAACAAACCCUAGACGAGCAACAUUCUGGAUUGGAGCGUUCCCCGACCUGGAGCAUCCUACGUGGAGGACGCUACGCGGUACCCGGCGCAACACCCCACCCGCUCUUUCGCCAGCCGAGUUUCCAGCCUGCUGCUAACAGACGCCUUUCCUUUCUUAUUACUUUCUGUUCUUUUUCUUUGUUCAGUCUUCUCUACUUGCCUUAUCUCUUUAAUCACACUUGCCGCUCCUCUCUUUCGUUUCUUUUUUCGCAGUGCUAGGGAAGCAGCCUGUUGCUGUUUGCCACCUGCUUUCUGAACUGUGUCCCCCAUCGCCUCAGUGUGAAGGAGGGACAGCCGGCCCCGCCCCAGCCUCCGCGACACCAGUCUGAAGAAAAGCUUUUUGAAAGCAGAAUUCUAAACAUGCAUUGUGGACAACUACCCUUGACAUUUUUGGUUCUUAUAUUUGUAAGCACCUCAGAAACCUGUUCGCUACUUGACAACAUAUUUGUACUUGAAGGGGAACAUUUCUAUCUGAAAUAUUGCUCAUUGAAUGAUGAGCAUGAGAAUGAAACAGCCACCAUAAAAUGGUUCAAAGACACUGGAUCACAAGGACGUGUUGAGCUAAGCUCAAACAGUUCUUCCAGAAUUACUUUCCAUGAUUAUGUUUUGGACUUUUGGCCAGUUGAGUUGGAUGACAGUGGAUCUUACUUUUUCCAAAUGGGAAACACUACUUUUAAAUGGAAAUUAACUGUCAUCAAAAGAAAUAAACACAGCUGUUUUUCUAAAAACCACGUAAUUAGUCUUAAUGUGAGUGUUAAACAUUUGCUGAACGUGAACUGUGAAAAUCAUUUCUCUGGAAAACUGGUCAACAGAAUAACAUGGUAUAAGAACUGUGAAAAGAUAGAGAACAAUACAAACCUGUCUUUACAGAAGAAUGCCGAUUUUAAAGAUCAGGGAUAUUACACCUGCAUGUUCUUAUUUCAUCAUAAUGGAAAAUUAUUUAAUGCUACCGUAACCCACAAUGUAACAGUUGGAGAUUACAAUAAAAUAACUCCGACUCUUUUGGAACCACGGGUUACUACCUCUGUUAGAGUGGAAUUAGGAAAAGAUAUACAGCUCAACUGCUCCGCUACAGGGGAUGAAAAAGAUAGGAUUGAUUGGUACAUCGGAAAUAGAAGUAGAAAUGUACAUGAAGAGGAACAAACAAAAAUUAAGACUCCAGAAGGCAAAUGGAUAACUUCAAAAAUAUUGAGAAUUGAGAAUGUUAAUGAAGAAAAUCUAAAUUUUCCAUAUAACUGCGUUGUGCAGAGCUACAGUGGAUAUCAAGACUUCAAAAGCUUCAGAUUGUUGAAAAAAGAAGAUCUGGAUGAUAUCCCAGGCCACGUCUUCACUAGAGGAAUGAUCGCAGCUGUUUCGAUCUCAGUGGUAGUUGUGUGCCUAGUGAUUGUGGGUGUCAUUUAUAGAGUUGACUUGGCUCUAUUUUAUAGACAUUUCAUGGGAAGAGAUGAAACGUUAACAGAUGGAAAAACAUACGAUGCUUUUGUGUCUUAUCUAAAAGAAUGCCGACCCGAGAGUGGAGAGGAGCACACGUUUGCCGUGGAGACUUUGCCCAGGGUGUUGGAGAAACAUUUCGGCUAUAAGUUAUGCAUAUUUGAAAGGGAUGUGGUGCCUGGAGGAGCUGUUGUUGAUGAAAUCCAUUCACUGAUAGAGAAAAGCCGAAGACUAAUCAUUGUCCUGAGUAAAAGUUACAUGUCUAAUGAAGUCAGAUAUGAACUUGAAAGUGGACUCCAUGAAGCACUGGUGGAAAGGAAAAUUAAAAUAAUCUUAAUUGAAUUUACACCUGUCAGUGACUUCACAGUCUUACCCCAAUCACUAAAGCUUUUGAAAUCUCACAGAGUUCUGAAGUGGAAGGCUGAUAAAUCUCUGCCUCAUAACUCAAGGUUCUGGAAAAAUCUUCUUUAUCUGAUGCCUGCAAAAACGGUCAAGCCUUAUAGAGAUGAAUCAGAAGUCUUGCCUUGCUUUCACAGUCCUGAUCUUUAGAAAAGCGGAUUGUAAGAAAGAACUCCUGAAGCUCUGGAGAUUGGGUGGAUGAGCCUGUUUAUAACAAAAUAUUGUUCAAAAUAUUUGAUUCUAUGAAAAUCCAACUCAGUUUGUAAAUGAAACUUCUCAUUAGGUUGCCAGGAAUCAGACUGAAACUUGAGCUGUAGUCGUGUGCUCUCAGAAGACUCUAGAAUUCAAAAAAAAACGGAUCUCCUCUUUCUCCCUCUUUCAUAACUGGAUACCGUGGCUUGGAAUGAUGCAGAAUAACUUACGCCUUACAAAAAGGGCACAUCUUUAGGAGUUUUUAAUGUUAAUGAUUACAUUAAAGGAUUUUAAGUUUAUGAAGUGGUGUUUUCUAUGAGCCAGUAGGUGACACAGUGACUGGAAUGGUGCUUUCACGCUCCCACAAUAGCUACGUACCUCUAAACACCAUGUACAGUGGGAGAGAGCUGGCAGGAUUGCGUGCCAAUUAGGGGAGCAAGACGUAUGCUGUAACAGGGUGUUGGCCACAGGAUGUGUCCAAAUGUCCCAGCCCAGAAGCAGGCCCGUGGUUCUUGGAACCCUACGAAGGUACCGCACAGGGCUUGCUUAACUGGGUCUAUUUGUGGGAACUUCUUGAAAGGAACCCAAAAUAACUUUUUAUCUUUCAUGAGAGACACAGAUUUUAAUUCAAAUAUUCUCUGGCUCUUUCAAAAAUGAUCAAAAACAUUUGUUGGUUUUACAUAAAUGUUUAUAUACAGGAUGGGUGUCAGAUCAUAUUAGCCAUUAAGCAACAACAAAAAAAGAUAGUUACUUGCUUGAUUUUUUAAAACUUACAUAUUUAAAAUGCCUUCAGGGUGGAGGUAGCACAGCAAAUGGUUUAGUAUAUGAGUUGUACAAUCAAGGUCCUGGAGCUCCAAUCCUGGGUUUGCAACUCCUGUGACCUCUGGAGAAUUUUCUAACCGAUCUGUGCCUUGGUUUCCUCAUCUGUAAAGCUAUAAUUUAUAAUAUUAUACCUACUUUACAAAGUAGCUAAGUGAAUAAAUCAAGUGCUUACAACAGUUCUUGGCAUGGACUUAAUAUUCUGUAAGUGUUGCUAUUACUAUUAUUGUUAUUAUUAUGUAGAUCAGUUUUUUAGCUGUGGACUAAAAUGGAGGCAAGAAAGCAGGAAAGGAAAGAUUUGGAGAGGAAGGCAGUUUGACUUGAGGGCAUUUGUACUUGUAGAGAGAAGCACAUAGGUGAAGCAUAUCAGUAGAGCAAAAGAUAUUUCUUCAUUGGAUAAGUGCAACUUUUGACCCUAGAAGACAUAUUUAUCUGUCUCCUUAAAGUGAGCCCAGCACAGUGGACUGUCAUGACAGCCCCAGCAGUAAUGGCAGUCCAGGAAAAUCACCGAGUGAGUGACAAAUAUCAGCAUAAAGAGAAAGGAAAGAGUUGGGUAAGUCUGGAAGGCAGCUUAGGGCAAGCGUGGAGCAUGAAUGUUCCAGAAAAGUUUAGAGCAGAGACUGUUUAAAACAGUUGUAGUAGAUAUGGCUGAAAAUGAAAACAUAAUGAGAUUUUCAUUAUAUUUUCAGUGUAAGAAAGUAAUUUAAUUUUUGUAGAGCAUACAAUUUUGUGUGCUAGUUGGGUGGGUAAAAAAAGUAAAAGAAUUGACAUGCUAACAUGUUUUAUAUGUAAAAAUAUAAGGUCAAGAGGAAUUUCAUUGC